AUGUCGGAUGUCGAUGAGGCGGGGACGGCGCCCGCGUCGAUGGACGACGUCGCCGUGAUGGAGGGCGCGGGAACGGAGCCGACGGAGCGGGAGGCGCGCGCGGACGACGGGCGGGCGGAGGCUGCGAAGGAGGAAGAAACGGGCGCGGAUGAGGGCGCGGAGGACGAUUCCGAAGAUGAAGACGAUGGAAUUCGUCGUCGACGACGGAAGCGGACGAUGACGCUCGAUGAGGAGGAUUACGAGCUCCUGGAGGACAAUCAAGUGUCCGGGUUCAAAAGGAAAGAGAAGAAGAAACGUCUGCAGACGGCGGCCGAACGCGAGGGCGGCGCGGCGAAGCCGGCGGGAACGAUCGCAGAUCUCGAACGCGGGUUGUUCGGGGACGAAGACGAUGACACGGCGGCGCCGGCGGAGGCGGGCGCGACGGAGGCGGGCGCGGAGGAGGCGAAGCCCGAGGCGGCGGCGAAGGAGGCCGAGCGAGCGGCGUUCGGGUACAGCGACAGCGAGGAUGAGAUGGACGAUUUUAUCGUCCGGGACGAGACGGACGGACCGAGAGAGUCCAGGGAGGAGCGUCAACGAAGGCUGGCUUCGGGCAUUCCCGGGUUGCGUCGCGAUCAGCUGCAAGACGCCGCGGAUCUCUUUGGGGACACGGAUGAAUUACAUCGCCUGUUUGCGAGUCGCGCUCGAGGUGGUGGGUCUCAAGAAGCGUCAAUCGAAGAACAGGAGGAGGAGAGCGACGAGGACGAAGAGGAUGAGAUGGAUGACUUCCUCGAAAGGGACGAUGCCACGCAGGAGGAUUACGAGCGAGCGAGAGCAGCGACCGCAGCGAAGAAAGCAGCCAAAGCGGCUCGCAAGAGCGCUCGAAAGUCCGUCGGCCGUGAUGAUUUGAUAUAUCAGUCGUUUGAACCGUCCGUUGUGAAGGAGCAGAUGCUCACAGCGAGUGACGACGCAAUUCGCACGACAGACUUACCAGAGCGUCACCAACUCAAGCCUCGACCCGCAAACGCGCCGAGAGAUUGGGGCGUGGAAGCGGCUUGGAUUUAUGAUCGUAUCAUGGGCCGAGACUCGCUUCAGCAGCAACCGACGCAAGCUGGAUACACUUUGCUGUACGGCUGGCUUGACUACGAGAGUGAAGUUGCGCAUCAACAACGUGAAGCGGCCAUUCAAGCGCAGAGCAACACUCUGCCCCCAGAGGAGGAAGAAGAAGUCAUCAAGUGCAUUGCGUACUUCCUCAGUAUGACUUUCGAUGAGAACCUGGAGAUGCCGUACAUUGUGUCACAGCAACGCGACGACAUCAUGUUGCUAUUGCGCUCUUCGCGAGCGGAAGAAGCACGACCGCCGAUGACGGCGGAAGGAGAUGGUUACAAGCGCGUGCUCAGACGUUUUGAGAUUCUUCAUGCUGUCUUGGAGUGGGAUGAUCGUUAUGUGCGCCUGGAAGUCCGAAAGGCCAGAGUGGCGGGUACGUUUGCUAAGCUUGCAAGCGAGCACGGGGAGGGUGAAUUGGGAACCAUCGCUCGUCAGUGCAUGGAUUUGGUUAACGAUGCCUUCUUGGAGCGACACGUGGACGACGCUGAAGUAAAGACGAACCUGUUCUUCACCACGAUCGACGGAUCGAAACUUCGCAGGCCGACCCGAAAGUCGCAGUACGACAACCAUGUGAAACGAGGCAUUCGGGAUCUCGUCAACAUGUCUGGUCCGAUCGCUUCGACGUUUGGAGAAGACUUGAAGAACGGCAUUUCGAGCGACUUACUCGCAAAUUUGCCGCCCGAAGAAGUGGCCAAGGUAUACUUUGACCAAGGUUAUGCGAACGUGGAUGAAGUGAUACAAGCGUUCGUCAACGUGGCGGCGACAGAAAUCGGUGCAGAACCGGAGGUCCGCCGCUGGUUCCGCGAUGAAUACUGGGGCAACGCUAUUAUCAGUACGCACCCGACGCCGGAAGGCAGCGACGUCGUCGAUCCGUGGCAUCCGAUCGCUUCCGUCAAGCGUUUGUCCAGAAUGCCAGUGUACUAUCUCACUGGCGCUCAGUUCGCGCAGAUUGUCGAGGGUAAGCGUCGAGGCUUGCUCGUCGUCGACAUUGGUCUCGCGAAAGAGCGUGAACAAAACGUGUUGCAACGCAUGGAGCAGGCCUAUCUGAGCGAGGCGCAGAGCGAUCUCGCCACUGCUUGGAAUGACGUGCGACGCCGAGUGAUUCGCGCUGCUUACGAAGAAAACUUAAAACCGUCUCUGGAGCGCGAGACCUUGACACAACUCGGUCUCGACGCUCGAGACGCGCUCAUGAACGUAUGCGCCGACACUAUCUGGGCGUACAUGUCCUACGCUCCGUGGCGACCGCCGAAUACAGAAGAGUUCGACAUGGAGGUGCGCAUUGUCGCCGCUGUCUCGGGCUUGCCUGCGACAUUUGUCGCGCUCGAUACGUCCGGCGAGCUGGUUGAUUUCAUCGAGUGCCACACUCUCGGUCGUAACAUUGGGAACGGAGGCGCGCAAAUGAGCAACCAGCAAGAUGAAAUCCAGGCGCUCAUGGAUUUUGUUGUGCGCCACCGCCCACACAUGUGCUGCGUCGGUGCGAGUGGUAUGGACUCUAAGCGAGUGAAGGAGGCGCUCAACCUUGUCGUCGGUCGCAUCAUUGAAGAACAGCCGCGUGCCAUUCCAGAAGAAGUUUCGGAGAUCGCGGUACUCCUCGUUGACGACGGCAUCGCCAAGUUGUGCGAGACAGCGAAGGAACCAAAGGCUGAAAUGCCGGAACAUCAGCCGUCGAUUCUGCGCGCAGUCGCCCUGGGACGAGGUCUUCUUAACCCAGCUGCAGUCGUCGCAAGUCUUGUUAGCGGGGGUGAGAUCGCCUCGCUUCGUAUGGCCGACUUGCAAGACUCCGUGCUAGGCAAGGAGGAGCGCGUCGCCAUCGUCGAGCGACAACUCGUGAGCGUGGUGAACCAAAUCGGUGUCGACAUUAACAUGGCGAGUUCGCAUCCGUGGAUGAGCGUUCUAGUUCGAUACCUCGGUGGUCUCGGUCCGAGAAAAGCAACGGGUGUGAUCAGCGCCGUCCGCUCGUUGGAGGGUGGCGUCGUGGACUCUCGCGAGCAACUCAGAGCUUCCAUGGGCGACGUUGUCUUCAGAAACGCGGCUGCCUUCUUGCGAGUGACUGAUGCCGACCUGCUUGACUCCACGCGCUGCCACCCGGAGCACUACGAUGAAGCGAAGGCGAUCGUGGUCAACGCCCUGGAGAUCGAGGAACAACUCGGAUCCCUGGAGCACUACGAGCAAGAGCGCAUGCUGGCGAAGGUGUUCGAUCCGAAAACGUGGGAGCUCAAGGUGGCGCCCCUCAUCCUUGAAGAGUAUGCCGAGUUCCUCCAAUCCGAAGAAGGUGGAAGCAAAGGUAAGUGCUUAGAAGUGCUUCGAGAGAUUCGUGCCGAGUUCAGAUAUCCGUUCGAGGACCUCCGCCCGGCUUGGACGCCUCUGUCUGCCGAGGACGAAUUCGCGCUCCUCACCGGCGAGACUGUGCAUACGUUGGCUUCGGGUAAAAUCAUUCAGUGCACUGUGAAGAAGAUUGAAGGCCCGCGUGACGGUAGAGGAGCGCGUGCGGUAUGCGUUCUCGACAGUGGCGUGACUGGUUACGUGGAGAAGUACGACUUGAGCGACGACCAGUACUUUGAGCGAAUCGAAGAGAAGGUACAACCUGGACAAGUCAUCACCGCUCGUGUCAAGGCGAACGGCGUCGACGUGUAUGGCUUCACCGUCCAACUCGCGUGUGCGUCUCAAGUUUUACAUCCGAAUGAAACCGCUCAGUGGGAGGCGCACAUACAUUGCAACCCGGACACGAAUCCGUACUACAUCAUGGACAAACAACCGGGCGAGCUUCGACAGAAGAAGGCGGCUUCAAAGAAGACGAAGAAACUCAAAUUCGUGCCGAGAAAGAUCGAUCACCCAAACUUCCAGAAUGUCGACCACGAAGAGGCUGAGAAAAAGCUCGAGACUGCAGAUAUUGGCGACGUCAUUAUUCGUCCGAGCGGUAAGACGACGAAGAACAUCUGCGCCACCUUUAAGACGUACGAUGGCGUGUGUGCCCACGUGAUCAUUAAGGAAACGAAGAAAAGCGGCGUGGCCAACCUCGGUCUCGGCACCCCGCUCAUUAUUGAAGAGGAAGAGUACGAAGACUUGGACGAAGUCAUGGCGCGACACAUCGAACCGAUCGUUUCCCACGUCAAGCACAUGCUCAAGCACAGAAAGUUUAUGCGAGGCGACAAGCACGAGAUCGACGCGGCACUGCAGCAACAACUCGCGCGCAAUCCCAGCGUUCGUCCGUACGCCCUCGGCGUCGUGCAUCCCCCGCUCAAUAAGGGUGCACCGGCGUUCUGUAUCUCUUUCAUUAUGAGCUCCAGCGGCAGAGUGCACCACGAGCCUAUCAUGGCGAUUCCGACUGGAUUCAGAUAUCGCAAGAUGGAAUUCCCGUCUGUCGAUCGAUUGUUGGCCUACUUCAAGGUGAACUGCUCCAAGCCCCCGCCCGGGAGGGAGGUCGAUAACGGUGGGUGGAAUUAA